GGGCGGAAGGCGGGGCGUGGGGUCGGUGGCUGCUGGGCGCGCGGGGCGCAGGCCGCGGGGCCGGAGGCGGGGGGAGCGAGCGAGCGGAGGCGCCGAGGAUCCGGUUCACUCGCUGGGGAGACCUAUGGGCCGAAGCCGUGUAAAUGCGUUUUAAGCAGGGGCCUCGGCUCCGCAACUGCCACUCCUCCUCGGGGUGUUGCACAAGUUUCGAGGUCACCGGCGACCCCCCCUAGCAGCGCGCCUGGCUCUGGCCCCCGCGAAGGAGGACGGGGCUUGUGUGUUGCAUACUUUCUAAGGCGGCUGAGGCGGCAGUUGCUGCCGGGGCUCCAUCCAGCCAGUGGCUCCUGGUCGGCAUGGCAGGCUACCUGAGUGAAUCGGACUUUGUGAUGGUGGAAGAGGGCUUCAGCACCCGAGACCUGCUGGAGGAGCUCACUCUGGGGGCCUCCCAGGCCACCACGGAUAAGGUUGCUGCCUUCUUCGUGGCUGACCUGGGUGCUGUAGUGAGGAAGCAUUUCUGCUUUCUGAAGUGCCUGCCUCGAGUCCGGCCCUUUUACGCUGUCAAGUGCAACAGCAGCCUGGGUGUGCUGAAGGUCCUGGCUGAGCUGGGGCUGGGCUUCAGCUGUGCUAACAAGGCAGAGAUGGAGUUGGUCCAGCGUAUUGGUGUCCCUGCCAGUAAGAUCAUCUACACCAGUCCCUGUAAGCAAAUUGCACAGAUCAGGUAUGCUGCCGAGCAUGGGGUACAGCUGCUGAGUUUCGACAAUGAGAUGGAGCUGGCAAAGGUGGUGAGGAGCCACCCCAGUGCCAAGAUGGUUCUGUGCAUUGCUACUGAUGACUCCCGCUCCCUGAGCUGCCUGAGCUUGAAGUUUGGGGCACCUCUGAAAUCCUGCAGACACCUGCUUGAAAAUGCCAAGAAGAGCCACAUGGAGGUGGUGGGUGUGAGUUUUCAUGUUGGCAGUGGCUGUCCUGACCCUCAGGCCUAUGCUCAGUCCAUCGCAGAUGCCCGGCUUGUGUUUCAAAUGGGUGCCGAGCUGGGCCACACGAUGCACAUUCUGGACCUUGGUGGUGGCUUCCCUGGCAUAGAGGGAGCCAAAGUGAGACUUGAAGAGAUUGGUUCUGUGAUCAAUUCAGCUUUGGACCUAUACUUCCCUGAGGGCUGUGGUGUGGACAUCCUUGCAGAGCUGGGACGCUACUACGUGACCUCCGCCUUUACUGUGGCAGUCAGCAUCAUCGCCAAGAAGGAAAUUCUCCUGGACCAGCCCGGCAGGGAAGAGGAAAAUGGCUCCACCCCCAAGACAGUUGUGUACCACCUUGAUGAGGGCGUGUAUGGGAUCUUCAACUCAGUCCUGUUUGACAACAUCUGCCCUACCCCCAUCCUGCAAAAGAAACCAGCUGCAGAGCAGCCCCUGUAUAGCAGCAGCCUGUGGGGCCCGGCAGCCGACAGCCAUGACUGUGUGGCUGAGGGCCUGUGGCUGCCACAACUACACGUAGGGGACUGGCUAGUCUUUGACAACAUGGGCGCCUACACCGUGGGCACAGGGUCUCUCCUCAGGGGGACCCAGGCCUGCCGCAUCACCUACGCCAUGUCCCGAGUAGCCUGGGAAGCACUUCGAGGGCAACUGCUGCCCACAGAAGAAGACCAGGACGCUGAGGGCGUGUGCAAGCCUCUAUCCUGCGGCUGGGAGAUCACAGACACCUUGUGUGUGGGCCCUGCCUUCACCCCAGCGAGCAUCAUGUGAGCGGGCCUGCUCCCCCCCCCAACCCCCGAACCCCAGCGGGGCCGCGGAGAUGCCUCUGGGAGAGGUGGGGAAGGCAGUGAGCAGGCACCCUCUGGCCAGGACUCUGGUGCCUGCUCUGCUGCCCCCACACUCCACCUGUAGUGUUUCUGCCCUGUAAAUAGGACCAGUCUUACACUCGCUGUAGUUCAAGUAUGCAACAUAAAUCCUGUCCCUUCCAUCCGUGUCUGCCUUCUCUGCAGCGCAAAGGGCCUGGUCAGUCAGGUGUGGGGGUGUUCUUGGGGUCUUCCUUAGUCUCCUUCCACCUUUGUAAAUAUGAAACAAAUAAAUAUUUAGUAGUUUUU